AUGGCCACACCCCCGCACACACCAGUAGAGGGCUUCUCACCGACGAUUGCUUCACCCGGCGAAAAAUGCGGUUGUGCAACGGUGCCUUUAGUGGGAUCACUCGUGGCGAACACGCUGGCCGAUUCACUCGGUGUCUCUCCGCUCUACAAACAACAGGACUCUGCUCGCUGGAACUCGGCAGCUCAAGUGUACAAAUCUUCUCGUUGUGUCUCACCGACACAAACCUCAUCAAGCACUCAAUUCAACUUUGAUGGUUUCGAUCCAAUCUCACCGCCAGAGAUUUCGCUUGUGAAACCGCACAAUCUGGUGGCCAGUCUUCGGCAAUCGAGUCAAGGAAACGUCAAAACACCGCUAAACCUGGAGGAAAUCGGUGAGAUGAACCGGCGGCGGCAUUUGGAAAUGGGCGGAAUGAUGGGCGAUGAGGGAGUGGGAGCACUAGAGUUGGAAGCAAUAGCCGCUGUUCACGAGUUGGCGCAUGAGGUCGAGUCGAUCAGCGUCUCUGAGAUCCUGCCACGCACUUCCGAUCUUAUCUUUGUCAACGUGAAAACACAUGAAGGUCAACCGUACACACUGGAGUUGACGAUGAAGGGGUGGCGGGUGGCCAGUGAGCACACGGAUUGCAUGAAUGGAGAUUACACAAAGGUAGAAUUGCACACGAAAUAUCACAGAAACGCGCGCGAGUUGCUCUCUUUCGUUUCGCCCGAUCACACCACUCGCUUCAACGAGUCUUUAGCCGAAAAGCUUCGAUUAUUACAGGCAAUCUCCGAGCAACAAGUGGUGGCGAAU